CCUUUUUGGAAUUUUAAAAAAAAAUUAAUAACCUCCAUAUCAACUAGGAAAAAGAUAUGUGCUCUAGGACCACGCAUUUCCCUUUUGCUCAAAAACUACUAGAUUUUCAGCAUGGAAUGUCAUGCUAAAGGUUAUUUUGGAAAUCGUUUGCUUGUUCUGAAAUGUCUUCGGCUGCUUUGACUGCUUCAGAAUAGAAAAUAUCCAGCAUCUUCAAUCCAUUUCUUAGCCUCCCAUUCUGAUGCGUCUUUUAAACGUAUCGUGGAAAUAUUCAUAUGAACUCAUUGAUCUUUCUGGUUCCAGAAUCCUUUUCGGAAUUUUUUAAAAGACUUUUAAUAACUUCCAUCUCACUAGCUCUUAAUAAAUUUGUAGUUUCCUUUUUUUCUCAGUUGGUUGCAAAUACUGGUUGAGCUACAGGGUGAUAUCUUCUUCUUUCAGAGCCAGUAAAUUAUCUGAAGUUGCAAAGGUGGAGGUCUGCUAAGUGGUAGCUCACAAACAAGCAUAAUCUUGUAAGUUACAGAAAUGGCUCUGGGUUCGUUUAAGAAGGUUGUCUUAGGUUCAGUUGCCUUCGCAAUCUUUUGGAUUUUGGCAGUUUUCCCAGCAGUUCCUUUCUUACCCAUUGGAAGGACAGCAGGUUCCAUCCUCGGGGCAAUUCUUAUGGUUAUCUUCAAAGUCAUCACCCCUGAGCAAGCAUAUUCUGCCAUCAACCUCCCUGUACUGGGCCUUCUCUUUGGAACCAUGGUUGUAAGCAUCUAUCUUGAAAGAGCAGACAUGUUCAAGCACUUGGGAGUCUUGUUCUCAUGGAAGAGUUGGGGUGCGAAGGACAUGCUCUGCCGGAUCUGCAUUGUUUCUGCCAUUUCAAGUGCUCUGUUCACUAAUGACACCGCAUGUUUCUUUCUCACUGAGUUCAUAAAGAUUGCUAGACAAAACAAUAUUCGACCCGAACCUUUCUUGCUUGGGUUGGCUUCAAGUUCGAAUAUUGGAUCCUCUGCAACUCCAAUCGGCAACCCUCAAAACUUGAUAAUUGCUAUUCAAAGUGGCAUCUCUUUUGGGGAAUUCGUAUUGGGACUUCUUCCCGCGGUGCUUGUGGGUGUCUUUGUGAAUGCUUUAAUUCUUAUAUGCAUGUUUUGGAGGUUGUUAUCUGAUGUUAAGGAAGAAGAAGAUGCUUUGUAUGAAAUGAUUGUUCAGGAAGAUUCAGAGUCCGGGCCGCAACAGUCCACUGAAGAAAGUAAAGGCCUGCUGAAUAGAUGGAAGAGAUUGUGUAUUUACCUUGGUACUGUUGGAAUGCUGGUUGCUUUUAUAAUGGGUUUGGACAUGUCUUGGACUGCACUCACAGCAGCCCUCAGUUUUGCGAUUCUUGAUUUCGAAGAUGCAGGGCCUUGCCUACAGAAGGUUUCAUACUCUCUUCUGGUAUUCUUUUGUGGAAUGUUUAUCACGGUUGAGGGCUUCAAUAGAACUGGAAUUCCUAGCAGUCUCUGGAGCUUGAUGGAGCCUCAUGCACGGAUCGAUCAUGCUAGUGGGAUUGCUGUGCUGGCCAUUGUAAUACUUCUUCUCUCAAAUGUUGCUUCGAAUGUACCAACUGUUCUUUUGCUUGGAGCAAAGGUAGCUGCUUCUGCCACUGCAAUAUCUCCCAGUAAAGAGAAGAAAGCUUGGCUCAUCCUGGCAUGGGUUAGCACAGUUGCUGGAAACCUUUCGUUAUUGGGUUCUGCCGCAAACCUAAUUGUGUGUGAACAAGCUCUUCGUGCCCACCCUAGUUAUAAUAUCACUUUUUGGAGCCAUUUGAAGUUUGGUUUUCCAUCCACGCUUAUUGUCACUACUAUUGGCUUAGCUCUUGUAUAUUGUUAUGAUGUUUGAGGGGCCUAUUUAAAUUGGGCUCUUCUUUAGGCUUUGGAUCUUUAUAGAGUUCUAGGCCCUUCUCCUUUUUUCCUGCAUAGGAAGAAGCAAACUUCUCUUUAGAACAGAUGGUGUCAAAGAAAUGAUCUUCCAUUUGUAUACCAUAUUCCACUGCAAUUGUGUGCAAGAAUCUUAAGCAAGGUAUACUAAGCAAUAAAAGCACAAAAAAGUUGUCAUAA